AAUCUCUCUCUCUCUGUCUCUUUCAGGCAUUUUUCCAAAAGUAAGAACCGGAGGGACGUCGAGGGUCCUUGGAGCCCGGGGGUCCAGGCUGUGCCUCCCUCCCACGGUCCCCUGGCGAGUCAGGCCCCCCCCCAUAACCUGCCCCCGAACGCCAGGUCUGCAAGGCCCCUGUCUCAGUCCCAGCUGCCGUCAUGGGACCGAGCUCCUGCGAUCUCACCUGCGGACAUGCGGACGGACGUGUUCACCGCCCGGCCGUCGCGCUCCCAAAGCUUCAGAGACCCCCCUCUGAAAGAUCCCUCCCUGUGCGGGAUCGAGCGCCAGCGGCCAGGCUCCCUGUCGUCGGCGUUGGGAGCUCAGAGCCACGCCCCCUCUUUCCCCGCCCUCCCGCGGCCCUCAGGCCGGGAGCUGCUGCUGCCCCCGUCAGCAGAGGGCCGCUGAUAUUUCGCACCACGUCGGCAUUGGAGCACUUAAACACUAUGUAGGACACAGCUGUAAUCCCACGGCACACGUUAACAUCCCAAA